UCUGAAGUUGGCUGGUUCAUGUGUUACAUUCACACAUGUCUCACUGGGAACAUAUGAAGACCAGCUACAGUGGUUCAUUUUCCUUUUCUUUCAGAUUUUAGCAUAUCAAUUUUUUGUUAGUGAUAAGGACACAAAUGAGUGUGAGAUAAUCGCUUUAUCAGAAAAAGAAGAAAAGCAGAACCAUGGUGAGUUGCUAUGGUGGCAAGUUGUUUUUCAAAGAAUCAGCACUGGAGAGACAGAGUAAUGCUGAUGAACUGUAAUUUGCCAAAGAGAGUCAGCACAAGAGAAGCAUGACGGAUUAUCUCCAUGUAGUUCUGCACCUUGGCUCUCUUUUACUGCUCAUCUGCAAAUCAAGAGACUGCUAUAGAAUCAGAUGUUUUGGGGAGUUGAAAGUAGAUCAAGAAGUCAUUGCCAUGGGCUCCAACCUGACGGUGCACUGCCAAUCCGACACCAAUCGCUGUGGCAGUCUCUUUGUCAUUGAGCUAGACAAGCAGGAGGUUAUCCGGGAGACCAGCUGCUCCACAGUGACAGCACAGCUCAUUGUCAGCCGGCCCAAAUCAUGGCUCCAUUGCAAGGUGCAACUAAAUGGGAAGUUUCACACUGUGUGUGGACGGGACAUUAAUGUUGAAUUGAUUCCAAGCACCCCACUUAUCAAAGAGAUUGUAUUCGCAAAAGACACCCUGUACCCCAGCAUCCACUGGCAGACCUCAGACAACAUGGAGCUUCUGAACUCUGACCUGAGGUUCCGAAUAACACAUGGUGUUUCAGACUGGAUGAAGGGAAAUGUGACACAGCUUCAUCAAGGAAACCUGCUGAUGCUGGAAAACUUGGAGCCAUUGACGUCCUAUGAGUUUAAGCUUAGAGUCUGUACAACCACACUGAGGCUUAACUGCAGCUUGUGGAGUCAGCCAGUCAAUAAAACCAGCCCUAGAAAAGCACCCUUAAGCAAGCUUGAUGUGUGGAGAAUCAUCAGGAGAAAUGAAGGGAAUUACACUCAGAAUGUGAGAGUGUUGUGGAAGGCUUUUACCUCAGAAGAUCACGAUGGAGAACUGCAGUAUUAUGAGUUGAUUUAUCAACAGAAUGGUAGCACACACACUUUGAACUUCUCAGUACUGGUAACACAGUGCUCACUGCAGCUGCCCCUGGAAGUGACUGGAUUGAAUGUCAGUGCUGUUACAUCAGCAGGCAGUUCCCCACCAGCUUCUGUGAGUCUGAUCUACACAGGCAGACCAGCUCCGAUGAUAUACUUAAGUAGAGCAGCAGGUGGCAGAAUACUCCUGGACUGGAAUACAUCUCAUCCUUCGUACAGUAAUACCUCAGAGGAAAUGCUGGGUUUUGUAGUUCAGUGGGAGUGCAGCAAACUAAAAGUGCAGUGGAAGAGAAUCAGAAGAGACCAAAAUUCCACAUUCAUUGACGGUGCAGCACCUUGUACUCUUUAUAAUAUCUCACUGUAUGUUGAGAGUUCUGAAGGAGUAUCAGACCCGACCUUUGGACAAAUCGAUUUUAAAGGGGAAAAUGUGGAUGACCUACCUAAGAGCAUUCUUCAUCAGGAGAUGUCUAUAUCAAGGUUAGCUUCAGCAGGACAUAAAGGACACAAAGAUGAAAUGGUAAUUGGGAUCAGCCUAAUAACUGCUGUUCCUCUAAUCAUCAUAGUCAAUCUCGUGUACUUGAAAUGUGCAAGACAAAGAAUAAGGAAGGUGUGCAUGUCAAUGGGACCCUCUUGGCUUUUUGAGCAUUUACCUAAACUUGGAGACAGUAAUGCCAUUAAACUACUGAAGGAUGAGUCAUGUGGUUCUGAUCUGUGCUGGCAACAAGUGGAGAGCGACCCACCUUUGUCUCCUGUUGAGGACUUCAAUCCCCCUGUGGAAAGGAAGGACUCUUACCCUACAGCCCACACAGAAAACCCCUUAGAGGAGAUGAAGGCAGUACAGGACUGGGCAGUAUGUCCUUAUAAACCUCAACUAGCAGUUGUCUCUCAAAGACUGGUGGCAGUCUCUGAGGCAGUCGAGAAAGAAGAGGAUGAGCAUGCCUGGGUCUCCUCCUCACCUGCCUUCACUCAAUUUGAGGAAGUGUUUUUUCCAAGUCAGGGAAUGCACAGACCUCUAAAUAGCUGCUUGACUGUGGAUGGAGCACCCAUAUCUGUGGAUGUUGAUGGGCUUCUCUUUCUUUCCCAAAUAUCUAUACAAGAAAACAUGUGGAGAGUACAAAGAGAUGCCACAUUGGCAGAUAAUGUAAAUGGUGAUCAGAACACAGAUCAGGGCCAAGCAGUACUGCCCAAUGACCUGAUGAGGUGUGAGAGAGCCAACCUUAAUACCAGAUGCCUCUCACCCCAAGGUGUUAAGACAGUGCUAAAGAGCUCUGAUGAACAAUUUGAAUGAAAUUCGAAUGAAAAUUAUAUAGCAUCCAUUAAUUAUAGCAUCUAUAUAUAACAUCAAGAUAAUUACAUGUGAAUUAAGCAAAAAUGGACUUAUGUACUGGAAAAGGAAACCUACUGCUUUAUGAACAAUCUCUCUAAGGAUACACAUUGUUCAUGGAUCUCUGUAAUAACUUCAGCAUCACUACUUCAAGUGUUUAUCUAUAGUGACACUGCACCUUAGCAUUAAUGUAUGUGUGAUAGAGCUGCAGUGCCCCCCAAAUGUCUUAUAACUACAACCUUUGCCCAUGAAAAAUGACAUAUGGCAAGGUUUCUUGAAGAUUACAUUGAAUUCUAGAGUCAAACCAAGAGGUUUCACACUUCUGAAAAAAAACUGCACAAAACACAAUUGCACAAACAAGAUGGACAGUCUGUUAGCUUGUCAUUUAGUUUGUAUUAUUAGUAUCCCCAGGACUUUCUCUACUCUGUCAAAAAUAAAUGUAUAAUUUUUGAAAUGUCAGGAAAACUUUAGGUGUACCUUUUUUUGAACUCAAUUUCAGGUGUGAUA